AUGAAGAAGUUUAAUUAUAUAACGAUUGUUAUAAUUACUGCAGCUGUCUCGAUUAUUUGUCCAAUUGGGGAAGCAUCGAAAUUUUUGCCAACCCAAACAAAUAAUUCAGAAGUUGAAGACAGCAUUGUACCGAAAAAUGACAUAAAUAGCCAAUCAACAAGUCAAAAACUAACAUACAAAACAUACUUUUGUAAUACAUCUUCUGUAUUUUACAUGGAAAAUGUUUGUAAGAAUUAUUCAAGCCAGCGUAUUUAUUUAAGUCACAAAGGUUUAACAUUUCUCCCACAAGGAGUAUUCAAUGGAUUGAUAUCUCUACUUGAUUUAGAAUUAGAUUUAAACAAACUGACCAGUCUGGAGCCUAAAACUUUCAAUAGUUUGUCCAAACUGGGAUAUUUAGCAAUCAAUAACAAUAAUUUAACACACCUUCCACAAGAUAUUUUCAAAGAUUUGAUAUCUCUGACUUAUUUGAACGUACGUUCAAACAAACUGGCCAGCCUGGAGCCUAAAACUUUCAAUAGUUUGUCCAAACUGGGAUAUUUAUUCAUCAGUAACAAUAAUUUAACACAUCUUCCACAAGAUAUUUUUGAAGGAUUAAUAUCUCUACUCGAUUUAGAAUUAGAUUUAAACAAACUGACCAGUCUAGAGCCUAAAACUUUCAAUAGCUUGUCCAAACUGAAAUAUCUAGCAAUCAAUAACAAUAAUUUAACAUCUCUUCCACAAGGAAUAUUCAAUAGAUUAAUAUCUCUAACUCAUUUGCGUCUAGAUUCAAAUAAUCUAUCUCACCUUAAACCCGACACUUUUAGUAACUUGUCUAAUCUAACAGAGUUAAAGAUCAAUUAUAAUAGUUUAACAUCCCUUCCACAAGGAAUAUUCAAUGGAUUAGAGUCUCUAAGAUCGUUGAAUUUAUCAUCAAAUAAACUGACAAGUCUUGAACCUGAUAUUUUUAAUAGCUUGACCAAACUUGACCGUUUAUUUAUUGCAAAUAAUAACUUAACAUUUCUUCCAGAAGAAAUAUUCAAUGGUUUAGAGUCUCUCAAUCUCUUGUUUUUAUCAUCAAAUAAACUAACCAGUCUGGAGCUUAACACUUUUAAUAGUUUGUCAGAACUGAGAAUUUUAGAUAUCAGUAAUAAUAAUUUAACAUCUCUUCGAGAAGAAUUAUUUAAUGAAUUGAAAUCUUUACUUUCUUUAAUUUUGCAAUUCAAUAAACUGACAAGUCUUCCAUCCAAAAUUUUCAAGAAGUUGAUCCAUCUUGAUGAUUUAGAUAUUGGUAAUAAUAAUUUAACAUCUCUUCCACGAAGAAUAUUCAAUAGAUUAGAGUCUCUAAGAUGGUUGGAUUUAUCAUCAAAUAAACUGACAAGUCUUGAACCUUGUAUUUUUAAUAGCUUGACCAAACUCGACCAUUUAUUUAUUGCUAAUAACAACUUAACAUCUCUUCCAGAAGGAAUAUUUGAUGGAUUGAAAUCUCUAAAUUUGUUGAAUUUGGCAUCCAAUAAACUGUUAAGUCUUGAAAAUGAUACUUUUAAUCUCUUGUCGAAUCUUGAAAUUUUACAUAUCAGUGAUAAUAGUUUAACAUCUCUUCCACAAAAUGUUUUCAAUGGAUUGAUCCAUCUUCAAAUUUUAGAUGUUCAUAAUAAUAAUUUGACAGAUCUUCCAAAUAAUAUUUUCUUUGAAAAUGAUGCUCUGCUAUUUUUAUGUUUACAAUCAAACAAUCUCAAGGAAUUAAAACCUGAAGUUUUUACUAAUUUAACGCAGCUUUUUUUGCUUAAUGUUGAACAUAAUAAAUUCAGUCUAACAGACGAUGACAAAAAAUUAAUUUUAAAAAAUAUGAAACAGCAAACUUACGAUGAAUCUACUUCCUAUAAUAUUAUUAAAAAUGAACAGUGCCGGCUUGAUCUUUAUAAUUAUUAA